AUGGACAUGAGCCAGUUCAUCAUUCUGCUGUCAUCAAUCUUCAUCCCGAUCAACGCCGUUCGUCUCCACAAGCUAUUCCAAUACCUAGACGCCUUCAAAUCCAACCACAAACUCCGAGGGUUCCUUCACGUCGGCAACGACUACGCAGUCUUCCUAAAACUGCCAAAUCCUCACGACAAAUACCUAAUUUACGAACUGUACGAAGCAAAAAACAUUCCAGACCGAGGCAAGUACAGUCCACGACUAUUAGCAAUUUCAAAAGUACCAGUAAACUAUAUAAAAGAGCAGCUGAAGAUAUUCCGAAGCGAACUGUAUAAAGCAAAAUAUGUCGACACUAAUGUGGUACCUGGAACGCAAGUGAAAACUCUGAGGGAAUGGCAAAUAGAAAAAGCUCUAAAUUUCGCCAGCGAAGGCAGAGCUUUUGAAAAUAAAGCGCCUAUUCUUAGAACCGUGCUGUAA